AUGAUUUAUCGAAAAUUUUUUUAUUUUAACAAAUUUGGAUUUUUUUAAAAUUAGAAUAAGAAUUANGAAUAACUGAAUUAAAUAUUGUAAUAUGUUAAGCAGUUAAACUAAAAGAUAUUACAAUAAGAUAAAGUAAUUUCAAAAAUAUAAGAAGAAAAUGCAGAUUUAAAAAUAAAAGUAAAUUAAUUAGAGUAGCAAGAUAGAAAUUAAAUUGAAUUAUUAUUAAACGAUCUUAAUAAACCAGAAAAUUAGUAUUAAAAAACUUAUUACUAAUCUUUAUUUUGGAGACUUUACAACUACUUACAAGCAGUGUAGUAAAUUUCAACAGACUUAUUUUAAAUAAACUAAAAUGCAGUUAUUGAAACAAACUCAGAAAAGGUUUUAAAUAUAGUACAAAAAAUUACAAACAUUGGAUCAGUUGCACUUUCACCAAUACCAAUUAUUGGAGAUGCUUUCCAAAUUAUAAAUUCUGCCCUUGAUUAUGCAAUCGAUGAAAAGAAUGUGAAUAAAUUUAAUAAAAGAGUAAGAAUUCUAAGCGAAAUAUUAAUAUUAUUUGCAGUAAAUCCAUAAAAAUUAGAAAUUGAAGUGCAAAUGGCAGCAAUAUCUUUAGGAAAAUAACAAUAGGUUAAUAUGCAAAAAAGAAAAGAAACAAUUUUUAAAAAUAGAGUGAACGAUUUAUUAGCAAAAGAAAGCAGUUCUUCAGAAUUAUUUAAGAAUAUUUACUGGGUUUGUGGAACAGAAGAUGCAUUAAUCAUUUUAAGCUAUUUAGAAAAAAACUAAGAAAAAAUAUUAAAGGAAUAACAGAAAAAAUUAAGGGAGAUAUUUGAAGAUGCAGUUAAAUCAUAUUAGUAUUUACCUUAAAAAAUAUCUGUGGAUAUCGGUUGUUCUUCAACAUGUUAGAUGAUUUGA